UAAAAUUCGUGUCUCAAUUGCAAGCUAUCACUUCACUUGGCCUCACUCCUUCCACGCGAUCUCCUUUCUUUCUCUCUUCUUUGCUUGCUUCUUGCUCGCUUAGCUUCUUUCACUGUGGAAGCAAUGGCGAUCACUUCUCCUCUCCGAGCUCACCCACUCCUGCCUUUCACCUCCUCUGCUCUACUUCCCAGAUCCCAACCAUCUCCUUCUCCUUCUUCUCCACUUCAUUCGCAUUCUUCUCCCCGUCGAUGCACAGGAACUUCGCUCGUAGCUGCUGCAUCUCUGAAGAAAGAGACCUUCAGCUCGGUACCAGCGGAGGAUUUGUAUGGAUUCAAUGAAGAUUCAAUCAAUGGCCGGAUGGGAGAAACCUUUUUAUACUCUUUUGCUCCUUAUCCCCUUUUCUUGCUCUCCACUCUUCCCGGGGCCGGGAUUGUGAGGUCUAUUUUUGAGCCCUUUGUUGAGCUUGUGAAGACUUGGAAUCUCCCUGAGUGGCUUGUGCAUUGGGGUCAUCCAGGGAACAUGGCUGUUGUUCUAUUUGCAAUGGGUGGCUAUGGAUCAUAUCUAGGGUUUCGAAUAAGAUUAUCUAAGGACCCAGAGGAGAAAACCAUGGCGAAAGAUCUGCAUCCAAAGCUACUUGCUGCCAUGUUUUUCUUCUUUGCUCUUGGAGCCACUGGUGGAAUAACAGCUUUGCUGACUUCUGAUAAACCAAUUUUUGAAAGUCCUCAUGCUGUCACUGGUGUUAUUGGCCUCUCCCUUUUAACAGUUCAAACUAUUUUACCCACACUUUUUGAGGACAAUCCAGGAUUGAGGACAGUGCAUGGGCUUCUCGGCAGUAGCAUCAUGACCCUUUUCCUUAUCCAUGCAGCACUUGGCCUUCAACUUGGUCUGAGUUUCUGACCACUGUGCCAUAACUAUUGAUUCAUUCUUGCGCCAUUGCAAUGUGAAUCAGCAAAAACUUGAGGUGAAAGGCAAAAACACUACACCAAGAGGACCCAAUAUGAUAGUGUCAAUCAUAUCUCAUAUACUUGAAGCAUUUUUAUUGAUGAUAAAGCCUCGUGAGAAAUGCACGGCUCAGACUUAAGUAACAUAAUUGAUAAUACAUGAACUGUUAUUCCUCAGCACAUUUUUCUUACUAAUAAAAUGGUCAUCUUCAUACUUA